CUGAAGCCCUUCAAGCCUGAGUCACUCCAUUAGAAGCCAGGAACUGGCCACAAGAAAAGAAUCUCAGCUGAUGGUGUGGGCAAGAUGGAAACCAACUUCUCCAGCCCUCUGAAUGGACCUGAAGAGAUGUUUCAUCUGUCUGCUUUGCAGAUCACCUCAUUGGUGGUGCUUGGAAUCAUCUUUGUGCUCAGCAUCCCGGAAAAUGGGCUUGUGAUCUGGGUGGCUGGAUUCUGGAUAGCACACACUGUAACCACCUUGUGUUACCUGAACCUGGCUUUCAUCAACUUCUCCUUCAUUGCCACUCUACCAUUCCUCAUGGUCUCAAUGGUCAAGAGAGAACAAUGGCCUUUUGGCUGGUUCCUAUGCAAGUUUGUUUACAGCAUGAGGGACAUAAACCUGUUUGGAAGUGCCUUCCUCAUUGCUUUCAUUGCUCUGGACCGCUGUAUUUGUGUCCUGCAUUGCGUCUGGGCCCAGAAGCACCGCACUGUUAGACUGGCUUCAAAAGUGAUUAUUGCACCCUGGAUUCUUGCACUAAUCUUUACCUUGCAAAUUUUCAUCUUCAUCACUAUAAUAAGUGAUGGAAGUGGGAAUACAUACUGUAUUUUCUACUUUGCAUCCUGGGGUGACACCCCUGAUGAGAGGUGGAAGAUGGCCCUAGGCAUGUUGACAGACAGAGGGAUCAUCCAGUUCGUCACUGGCUCAAUUAUGCCUACAUCCAUCAUCGCUAUCUGUUAUGGGCUCAUAGCUGCCAAGAUCCGAAAAGAAGCCAUGAUGAAUUCCAGCCUGCUUUUUCGGGUCCUCACUGCUGUCAUAGUUUCCUUCUUUCUUUGUUGUUUCCCCUUUCAACUGAUUGUCCUUUUGAGCACAAUUUUGCUCAGACAGAUGUUGUUUGAGGAUAAGUACCAAAUUCUUAAUGUCCUGGUUACCCUGAUGAGCUGCCUGGCAUUCUUUAACAGCUGCCUCAACCCAAUGCUCUACGUCUUCGUGGGCCAAGGCUUCCAAAAGGGACUGAUCCACUCCCUACCUGCCAGUCUGGAGAGGGACCUGUCUGAGGACUCAGCCGAGACCAGUGACACAACAACCAAACCUGCUUCACCUCCCACAGUUACAGGAAAUGUAAGGGGUUAGGGGACAUUUUUGAGCUCUGCCUGCUCCUACCCUGCUCCCAGUUCCAGCUUCAUUUUUCCUUGGGUCAUACUGAGCCACUCAUCAUGAAAAAUACUUUGGUGUCCCCUGAUUUGGGGGGAAGGGGGAAGAAAUGGACACAGGGUACUACUGGUGUCAGUUUUGGUUUGAGGACCUCAGCCUAAACCCGGGGGAGAGUGGAGGUGGGAAAAGAGAACAAGAGAGAAGAGACAGUGAUGAGGAAUUUGUAAAGCUUAGAUGAGAGAGUAUAUUAAGGGGAAAACUUUGGUAUUUCACUGUUAAGUAAGAUGUUUCCUGUACGUUUUUGUUUGUUUGUUUUUAAUCAAAGUUUAUUGGGGUGACAAUUGUUAGUAAAGUUACAUAGAUUUCAGGUGUACAAUUCUGUAAUACAUUAUCUAUACCCACAUGUGUGUUCACCACCCAGAGUCAGUAUUCUUUCCAUCACCAUAUAUUAUCCUGUAAGGUUUUUUUAAAGCUAUUUUUAUCAGACUACAUAGGUUUACUUCUAUUCCUAGCUUGCUAAGAGUUUUCUUCUUUUCUUAAUUAUGAAUGACUAUUAGAUUGUAUCAAUGCAUUUUCUGUAUAUAUUAUUAUUGUAUAUUUGUCCUUUCUUUUACAUCAUCAUAAAUUAGAUUAAUUUUUUAAUGUUAAACUAGCCGUGCAUUCCUAGAAUAAACCACACUUGGUCCUGAUGUAUUUUACCUGUUUAUAAUUAAUCUCACUAGAUUGGUGUAGAAUUUUUGCUUUUAUGUUUAUGUAACGAUGGGUCUGUUCUUUUACAUUCCUCUAAUGUCUGUGUCAGGUAUUACAUCAAACUUAUAAUGGCCUCCUAAAAAGACCUGGGAAGUAAUUCCUCUGAUUCUAUUCUCUGGUAUUGUAUCUUCAUAAAUGUUUAGACAAAUUCACCAAUGAAGCCAAUUCAGUCUUGGGUUAUCUUUUAAUAGCAGGGAAGUCUUGGGAAUUCUUUUACUAGCAGGUUCAAUUUAUUUAAUAGUUAUUGCACUAGUCAGAUUUACUACUUCUUCUUCUGACAGUUUUGGUAAACUGUAAACUUUAAGGAAUUUAGCUAUUUUAUCCAAACUAUCAAAUUUAUUGGUAUAAAACAGUACAACUACGUACAGUACUUUAGUAUGGUUUUCUUCACAUCAUGACAAUGUAAGCUACCUGAGGGAAAGAAUUUUGGUCUGCACUGUUCACUCAUGAAUCUUGAUGCCCUAUUUGUAAAAUAGUGCCUGAUAUGUGAUACACACUAAAUACUUAUUGAAUUAAAGAAUCAAUAAAUAUAGUAUUACCGAGGUGUCAAGUGAGAACCCUAAUGUACAGUUAAAAUUAUCUCUGACCCUCAUGUUAUGAUUGGGCCAUGUCCAUAGAACUCUCAUCCCAUGCCCACAAUUUUUACAAAUUCCCAUGUGGUUUAAAUUUUUACAAACACCUCAGAUUUCAAGUUUCUGCUUCAAAUAAAGUACUCUGGCUAACUGUUCACCAAUGUGUUUGUUUUGAAAUAAAUCAAUCUA